GCGGUCCAGUUUAUAUUCGUCCAUGUGUUAAAGUAUCCUUACCUUUCAUGAAACACGAUCUUGGUUCUGUCACAUCUUUGUUAUUGGUCCCUUCGAACGAUGAUAAUGUGGAACUACCAGUAACACCUUUGGUAGAUCAUGAAGCUUCCAAUAUGGAAAAAGCUUUAACUCAAACUCCUAGUACAUCAUGCAUCAAACUUGAAUCCGACGGCAAAUUUUUCAUCAUACUCUUGGAAGAGAUUUAUCAACUCAAUUGUCUUCAAAAACAAAAUCAAGACAAAUUUCUCACUAACCUACAAAAUUUACAAAAAUUAUUAAUCGAUGUAACAUCACCUUUUAAGAAAGAUUUAUAUACUUGGCGUAAAAUAUUUCAAAUUUAUAUUGAAGAUAAAAUUUUUGUUGGCAAUACCGAAGCUGACAGAAAAGAAAGAAAUUGGAAAUUUUCUCAAGAGCAAUUAGCUUGUUUUAUCGAUAAAGUAAACAAAGACCACUUGAUUAAAAAGCUAAAAGAUCCAUUAUCCAAAAUCGCUUUUGAAAAAUUCUUGAAGCUCAAUAAUAGUCUUAUCUCGAUGAAACAAUUUCAAUAUCUUAACCAAGUAACAAUGUCAAAAAUUCUUAAAAAGCAUGACAAAAAAACACAUCUAAAUUCGAUUUCAGACUUCAAACAUUUAAUGGAGAAGGAUUCGUUUCUUUCCGAGAGUACUUUUAAAUCUCUUUGCUAUGAAUUGGAACAAUUAACAACCAUUAUUCCUCAACUCGACGACUACAACUGCCCUAUCUGCCUGAAUAUCGCCUGGAAACCUAUUCGUCUUUGUUGUACGCAUGUAUUUUGUGUUAGAUGCCUGGUUAAAUCUAUACGUAAACGCACGCGUAAUUGUCCAGUCUGCCGGGCAAAAAAUGCUAUAUAUAAUGCGGAUGAAAUGUACAAAAAACAAAAAGAAGACGAUCGAGAACGAAUUGCUGAAGAAAUGGAAGCUAUAACAGGUCUUAGAAUUGAUGAAAGACAAACAUGUGUAUUACUAUAA